UCACGGCAUCAAAUAUGGAAGUUGAUCAUCAUAUGAGCUCCACAACAAAACAAAAUAAAUAUCAGCUCUGUUUUUUCUAUAUGAACCACAGAUCGAUCUUCCCAGCCUUGCACUGCAAUAAGUAUAUAAUAAUACUAGCCGCCGGCAAUAAUAAUUCACGCAAAUUAAAGAUGCAGAAGAUCAUGAACGACGGUACCGGUGGAAAAGCUUCAAAACGGAAAAUCCUAAAGAUCUGUUGUUGUUCUCUUCUGCUUAUCAUCGUCGUUCUAGUAAUCGUUUUUGUCUCUCUGUUCUUCACGGUCUUCAAGCCUAGAGACCCCAUACUCACUCCCUACCCUACAAAACUCCAAAACGUCCAUUUCCGGUUUGACCCAAGCCCUAGUAUAACCGCCACUCUCAACUUAAUCAUCAACGUCAAGAAUCCGAACCGUGGGGACUUCGAGUACAAGGAUGCCACGGCCAGUCUUGAUUACCGUGGCAUAUCCGUGGCCGGAAUCCCCGUCCAGCACGGCACCGUCCCGGGUCGAGGCGAGAUUAACGUCACCACUUAUGCUAACGUUACCGGCGACAAGAUCGCCGGAAAUCCUAGCUUCUUGGAGGAUAUGGCUGCCGGGAGCGUGAUGUUCACGUCGUCUGCGGCCUUGCCUGGAAAGGUAAAAGUGGUUAGGACCCUCAAGAUUCAUGCCACGGUUCUUAUGACUUGUGAUGUUUGUGUUUUCACUAAUCAGUCGUAUUAUGUUCAGUCCACUUGUAACGCCAGAAUUAAAUUAUAAUUUGUCUUUAUGCGUGCUAUGUAUAUAGUUCUUGACCAGAAAAUGGAUGGAUAACGUGCAUUAUAUUCAGUUCAGGGCAACUUGAGAGAAGAAUAUAAUGCAAUAUGCAGGUAGCAUGUAUGCAACCAUAAGGGUUUCAAAUUGAGAGCAACUUACAACCUAUUGGCUUUCUUGA